GAAAUGUGCCGGCGGAAAUAAAAGAGAGGGUAUUGAAUAAAAAUUCUAACACACCCACCCUUCCCAAGUUCCAAAGGCCACAGGACGACUCAGAGAGGAAGCGAGCGAGCGCGAGAGAUGUGCACGCUAGAGAAGCGCGGUCGGGUGUACCUCCUCACCCUGACCGGCGACGGCGAGCACCGGCUAAACCCUACUCUCCUCGACGCCAUCCGCUCCACCCUUGCCCGGAUCCGCUCCGACUCCGCCCGCACCGGUGGCGGAUUGGCCCUCGUCACGACAGCCGAGGGCAAGUACUUCUCCAACGGAUUCGACCUUGCCUGGGCCAAAUCCUCUCCGGCCGACAGGCCCAGGAUCAUGACCUCCGCCUUGCAGCACGUCAUUGCGGAUCUGAUGACGCUCCCCAUGCCGACGAUCGCCGCCGUGACCGGCCACGCCUCUGCUGCUGGCUUCGCCCUGGUGCUGAGCCACGACUACGUGGUGAUGAGGGGGGACCGGGGGUUCCUGUACAUGAGCGAGCUCGACAUCGAGAUCCGGUUGGUGGAUUAUAUUAUGGCUGUGUUUCGGUCCAAGAUCGCAGAUCCGAGGGUCCGGCGGGACGUGCUGCUGCGGGCGCCCAAGAUCACGGCGGCGGAGGCGGCACGGAGGGGGAUCAUCGAGCGGGUGGUCGGCGGAGCGGCGGAGGCAGUGGAGACGGCGGUGCGAAUGGGGGAGGAGCUGGCGGGAAAGAAUUGGAACGGGGAGGUGUAUGCGUCCAUCCGGAAGGCGGCGUUCCCGGAUCUGUGCGGGGCGCUGGAAUUGGCCGAGGAGGGCGACGAGGACACGAAAAUGUUGGCCUCAAAGCUUUGAAUUGAAUCCCUUGAUUACGAGAAAGGUAAAUUGUACCCUUCACGAUUAGAUUAAAAUAUUAAGCAUUAAGCAUAUCAUAAUACGGUUUCGACGCUUCUCUAAGUAAUAACUAUCUUGAUGACUUGAGAUGUAGGUGACAACUUUUGUCCCUUUUUUUU